AUGUCAAGAUCAAUUCAGCUCAAGGAGGAGGGCAACCGCCACUUCCAGCAAGGCGAUUAUGCCGGCGCGGAGGCAUUGUACUCCAAAGCCAUAAUUGCCGAUCCCAAGAACCCUGCCUUGUACACCAACCGCGCAAUGGCGCGCCUCAAGCUAGAAAUUUGGGACUCGGUCGUGUCUGACUGUGAAUCUUGCCUGGGCCUCGCCCCAGAUAACCUCAAGGCCUUUUACUAUCUUUCCCAGGCACAGCUCGCCCUCAAGGACUACGAAUCGGCUCUUUCCAAUGCUCAACGUGCCCACCAACUCUGCGUGCAGACCGGCGACAAGUCACUGGCUGCUAUUACCGCACAAGUCCUCCGCGCGAAGAAGGAGAGAUGGGAUUGGAUGGAGAGACGGCGUACACGUGAGGCGCACCAUUUGGAGAACGAGGUCAUUGAGAUGAUGGAGAAAGAGCGCGCGCAGGCCAUCGCCGACGCCAUGGACGAUGGUGAGAAGAAGGAAAUCGAGGCCGAGUGGGACCAGAAGAUUGAGUUGCUGAGGAAGACGUUUGAGACCAGCAGAUCUGCGGAGGAGAAGAGGCGGGAGGUCCCUGAGUGGGCGAUUGAUGAUAUCAGCUUCGGCAUUAUGGUUGAUCCCGUCAUUACUAAAACUGGCAAAUCCUACGAGAGGGCUUCGAUUAUGGAGCACCUUCGACGACACCCCAGUGACCCCCUCACCCGAGAGCCUCUUCUGCCAUCUGAGUUGAGGCCCAACUUGGGCCUCAAGCAAGCCUGCGAGGAAUUCCUCGAGGAGAACGGCUGGGCGGUGGACUGGUAA